AUGAUCAACGCUGUUCUUGUGUUCAAUAACAAUGGCCAACCCAGGUUAACCAAGUUCUAUUCCCAGCUGGACACAGCAACGCAGCAGUCAUUGCUCUCCCAGAUAUUCACUCUUGUAUCGGCUCGACCGGCCUCUGCCUGCAAUUUCCUCCCUCUUCCUCCUCUACUGGCCCCGGCAGCCAGCAGUGCCUCUCCCGAUGCUCCGACUCAGAUCACCUACCGCCAUUACGCGACCUUGUACUUCAUUCUGAUCUCGACCUCCACAGAGUCGCCGUUGGCCCUGCUCGAUUUCAUCCAAGUCUUUGUCGAGGCGCUUGACAGGCUCUUCGAGAACGUGUGUGAGUUGGACCUGAUUUUCGGCUUCGAGACCCUCCAUGCAGUUCUGAGCGAGAUGGUCGUCGGAGGCGUCGUGGUCGAAACAAGCCUCGAAAAGAUUGUCGAUGGAGUCAAGACGAGCGAAGGCACGAAAGUCAAACGGAGGGCUGUCAAUUCGCGCGACUCGGGGAGCUCUAUUGGCAGAGGCACCGGUUUCGCUGGCUUGGGUUGGGCUACUGGCACAGGAAGCAGCUGGAGAUGA